CCGUAGCCGUGUGAUAACGUGUCACUUCUCUCCAAACUACUGAGGCGAUUUCCAACUUCACUUCGACUCCGUACCGACCCCCGACGGUUUGAAUAGACAGGUCACGAAAUGGACAAGACAAGCACCAAGCUUUCUGCUGAAGGCACGUCUACAGCACAUACUGACGACAAGAAGGAAAGCGGGAAGGACGGAAAGAAUGCAUCCGACAAGAAGGCAUUGUCACAUCAACAUGCAAAAGCCCAUAAAAGACGCAAGACCCCGUCUAAAACACAUCCUGUUAGAAAAAGAGUCCGAAAAGAGGCAUGCAGUGAGUGUGAGUUCAUGGCCACUUGUAAAGCUGCCCUAGCUAAGCACAUGGCAAAACACACCGGUAACAAACCAUUUAAGUGUGACCAGUGUGACUUUGCUACUACGGCGAAAUAUACUCUAGACGUACACAAGGCUAAACACACCAGUGACAACCUCUUCAUAUGCGAGGAGUGUGGCUAUAGAACGAUGAGCAAGACUUGGUUAACUGUACAUAUGAAAAACAUACAUGGGAAAAUACAAACUGUUAGAGAAAGACCCAGAAAACUACCUUGCAGUGAGUGUGAGUACGUGGCCACUUGUAUGUCUAGCCUAGUUAGGCAUAUGACAACACACACCGGUGAAAGAUCAUUUAAGUGUGACCAGUGCGACCAUUCUGCUAAGCUGAAAUAUAAUCUAGACCAACACAUGGCUCAGAAACACACUGGUGACAAACGCUUCGUAUGCGACGAGUGUGGCUAUAGAACGGUCAGCAAACCUUACUUAACUGUACACAUGAGAUAUCAUACGGGCGAGAAACCGUACAAAUGUGACCAGUGUGACCAUUCUACUGCACGGAAAGAGGACUUGGCCCAGCACAUGAUUAGAAGACACACAGGACUCAAACCAUUUAUGUGUGGGGAGUGCGGAUACAGGACGGCUAGCAGAUCUGAUCUGUGCCGACAUAUCACAAAACAUACGGGCGAUAAACGCUAUAAGUGUGAAGAGUGCGGUUUUGCUGCUGCGCGGAAAGGCACUUUAAACGUCCACAUGCUCAAACACACCGGUGAGAAACGCUUCUCGUGUGAAGAUUGCGGUUACAAGACGACCACCAAGUUUGCGCUAACCCGUCACAUCAGAAAGCACACCGGUGAAAAGCCGCACAUGUGUUGGGAGUGCGGGUUUAGGUGCUCCGCCAAGACUAACCUAGCCCAUCACAUGAGGAAACAUACGGGAGAAAAACCGUACAAAUGUGACCAGUGCGACUAUUCUACUGCUUAUCUGACGUCCUUGCAGCAGCACGUGGCGAGUCAUAGUGGACUCAAACCCUACAAGUGUGAUGAGUGCGAAUAUAGGACGGCUUUCAAGUCUAACCUAUCCAUGCAUCUGAGAAAACAUCAUUCGAGUGAGAAGCCAUUUAAAUGUGACCAGUGUGACUAUUCGGCAGUGAUCAAAUACGAUUUGGAUCACCACAUGUUAAAACACACCGGAGAAAAACCCUACAUGUGCGGGCAGUGCGGAUACAGGACAGUUAGCCGGUCUAGCCUUACCAAACAUGUCAAUACCCAUUUAGCUUCGAAACCCUACAAAUGUGACCAUUGCGACUAUUCUUGUGCACAGAAAGGCCAUUUAGCCACACACAUCGCUAACCAUACCGGGGAAAAACCCUACAAGUGCGAGGAGUGUGGAUACGGCACGGCUGUCAAAUCCGCCCUUACCAAACAUAUGCAAAAACACUUAGCUACAAAACCCUACAACUGUGACCAGUGUGACUAUUCCACUAUACAAAAAAGCCACCUAGAGCGGCACAUGGCCCAACACGCAGGUAUAAAACCCUACAUGUGUGGAAUCUGUGAUUAUAGGACGAACCAAAAGUGUGAUCUAACGAAGCACAUGAGAAAGCACACCGGAGAAAAACCCUACAGGUGUGACCAGUGCGACGUUGCCUUUGUAACAAAGCGGACCUUAAACAGACACCUCACAAAAGCCCCACAUGUAUAAACAUAGAGAGAGAGAACUUUAUUGACACAACAAAAAGUACAGCGACUUAAACAUAUGUCAUCUGUCGCGCAUAUGACCUACAUGACCUGGUUCCACCGGCCAGGACAACGGCCACUGGGAGGACCUUAAGAAAUGGAACUGCACUUACAGUACCA